AUGUCUCGUUUCGUCCGUGCCUCAAAAUAUCGUCACGUCUAUGGCAGUGCAGCCAAGAGAGACGGCUGUUAUGAUAAUAUUCGUGUCAGUGCUAACGCGUGGGACACCAACAUGGUCAAGCUGAACCCUCUCUUCUUGUCUGUUAACUGGAAUGCCUCGGGCGGUGGAGCCUUCGCUGUAAUCCCCUUAUCUACCGUGGGCAAGUUGCCGGAUAACUAUCCGUUGUACAGAGGCCACACCGGUCCUGUAUUGGACACUGACUUUAACCCCUUCAACGAUUAUGUAAUCGCUUCUGGUGCUGAAGAUGGCAAGGUGAUGAUCUGGGCAAUUCCAGAGGUAUAUGAGGAAGAUCUUGAGGAAGUUGCUCCUGUAUCAAAACUCUCUGGACAUGGCCGCAAAGUUGGUCAGGUCCUAUUCCACCCUGUGGCUGAUAAUGUUCUGGCUUCUGCCAGUACAGAUCUGACCAUUAAGCUGUGGGAUAUUGAGAAGGGUAUUGAGAGACAACAAAUCACCGGACACACCGAGAUUAUCCAGUCACUUGCAUGGAACUAUAACGGUUCUCUCCUUGCUACCACAUGCAGAGACAAAAAGCUUCGUGUAUUUGAUGUUCGCAGUAAUAAGAUCGUCCAGGAAGGUCCUGGCCAUCAAGGUGUCAAGGGCUCACGUGUGGUCUGGUUGGGUGAGACUGAUCGCUUAGCCACCACAGGGUUUUCCCGUAUGAGCGAUCGUCAGCUCAACCUGUGGGACACCACUGACCUCUCCAAGCCUAUCAAGACAGAAUUCCUCGAUACUUCUUCUGGUGUCCUGAUGCCUUUCUAUGAUGCUGACACAAAGAUGCUCUACCUUGCUGGCAAAGGUGAUGGUAACAUUCGCUACUACGAGUACGAGAAUGAUGAGCUCUUCCCCUUGUCUGAGUUCAAGUCUGGAGAUCCUCAACGCGGCAUGGGAUUCUUGCCCAAGCGUGGUGUGAAUGUGGCUGAUUGUGAGAUUGCCAGGGCUUACAAGGUCGGAACCACUCUUAUUGAACCUAUCUCUUUUACUGUUCCCCGAAAGUCCGAUGCAUUCCAGUCCGAUAUCUUCCCUCCCACAAUUGGUGACGAGCCCGCUCUUACUGCUGACGAAUGGUUUGGCGGCAAGAACGCCAACCCUAAGCUCAUUGACCUUGAGGCUGGUUUCUCUGUAAAGGAAAAGAAGGAGUUUGUUCCAUCCGCUCCUGUCGAAGAACAGCAGGCCAAGAGCCCAACCACAACUAUGCACGAAAAAGACGUAAUAUAUAUUUUCCAAAAAAAAGUGGGUGUUUUCUAA